CUCGUCCGCGCGGCGGGCGGCGUCCGCGUGACGUCCUGCAAGUCGGGCAAGGACCGCACGGGCAUGAGCGUGACCUUCGAGCAGGUGCGGCUGGCGCGGAAGCACCUCGACUGCGGCGACGACGACGUCGACCGCGUGCUGUACCUCUCGCGCCUCCACGGCACGCGCCUCGAGAACGCGCGCAAGAACACGGGCCGGCCCGUCUUCGCCUUCAACCUCUUCCAGGUCGGCAUGCUCCCCGCGGUCUACCGGCCGCCG